AUCAAAACAUGGCGACAGACAGCAGCAAAGCUCGCGAAUCUCCUGACAAUGAUGUGUUUUAUUCCUCUGACAGUGACCCGGGAGACGGGAAUCAUGAUUUACAUCAAACAAUUGAACGAGCUUCAGAUCUCCUCCUGUAUAGAGACUUUGAUACAUGCUUGGUCCAUUGUUCUGAAGUAAUUAACAGAAUAAGACAUACACCAAGCUACCAGAGCUAUGUGGACUCCCUGUGUAUUGUAAUAAUCCAGGCGUAUGCCGAGCUGGACCAGUGGGAUGCCGUCCUUCCUUUCAUUCAGGGGAUUUAUGACAACAUUGACAACUGUCCAGUCAGAAUAAUUCAGUUGUGUCUUCUCCUUCAUGUCAAAGUAAAGGAGUACAUCAAGUGUCACGCCAUUGCCAAAAUGUGGCUGCAGAACGACCGCAAUCGACAGAGUCCAGAAUACUCUGACGUGGCGAAGCUGUAUGUGCAGCAAGUGCUGGUCCCCCUGGGGGCCUACAACCUCAUCCCACAGCUGGUGGACAGCUGUCAAGGGCUGACUGAUGCAGAGAAGGAUGCCAUGUUGUCACCCAUGAGGUCGUUGCCCUCAGAUUCCGAAAAAAUGUCAAGAGGGGAGAUAAUUCACACCCAUGCGAAGCUUGGAGAAGUGGACACAACUCAACAAGAAGACAAAAAGCAAGGUUUUGCCUGCCUGGAACUUGUGAAGUCUUUGAGGAGGGUCAGCACGAAGUUGCUGCAGUGGAUUAGGAGGCUGAAACUCACUCCAGCCUGGAGACUCGUGUUUCUAGUCACUCUGGCUGCACUCGCCUUCGUUAACAGCUUUAACAGUGACAUGAUGACUGGGUAUGGACGUCUGAUGACCAUGUUGACGUCUGCAACAAAACUGUGGUCAGUGACGGGUUCAGGCAAACCAGGCUGACCCAUGGUGCUAACUUCAUGGUGGACGGAGGAAACUUCUGCCAGAGUAGAGGGUCCUGAGUUGAGGGAACUUUGGUCAGUAGUUUUUACAGUAAAACUGACUCAUGUCGCUUUAAAAUCUUUUUUAGCAUUUAGCAACACAGCAUUUAUCUUUAUUUAGAUUUUGGUGUUUUUUAAGGUAUAUCUUUCUUACCAAAUUGCUUGCACUGACCAUCUGAACGAUCUGCAAGUUUUGGUUCUAAUGCAGUGUAAAAUGGCUAGUCCUCCAGAAAUGAACCUAUUUUAGGUAAAAAAACUUUAACUUUAAUGCUAAGCACUGUGUUGUAUUUCAAUGUCAUUUUGCCUUGAACUUUUAUUAGGACAUUUUUUUAGUCAUUUUACAGUUGUCAGCUAAAAAACAAGGGAUUGGUAAUUAGCACUAGCUUGCUUCAAUGCCUGAGCCAUUUUCACUAAUGUUUAAGGUAUCCUAAGGGCUGGUAGAAUUUCAAACAUUUUGGGGAUGUCUCUAUGUGUUAUCACUAUUGGGGCUAGUAGACAUUCUAGGUUAAUUUCUAUCCCUGGUAGACCUGUCAGGACCCUUGGGACAGGGCUAGUUGCAUGUUUUCUGCCACAUCUCUCCAUAGUGAGUCUGCAGUCCCAGGACCACACUCUUGUUAUCACAGCAUUGUGGAACAGAACAAGACUGUAACAAAUGUUAUAUUUGGGAGAACACUUUCUCAGUACAGUACAGAUUCUAGUACUUUUGGGGUUGAGUCCCGUCCGGGUUUUGGUUUGAACCCACACUGCUAGAGUGAGGCACCUAACCCAUUCAGCCACUGAGGCUUCCACAAAAUGAAAGUCUGACAACUGGUAGUCUAGAUCACAUACUUUGUGUACCCAUCUGACAAAUUGGCAUGGCUCCCACGGCUCCCAUGGCCAAAAGCUAUGACCACACAAUCCCAUUUAGACAGUGGUUAAAUGUAACAAAUGUUAUGUUUGGGAUAACACUUUCUUGAUAAAGAACAGAUUUAGUACUUUUGGGGUCCCCUCGGGGAUUCGAACCCACACUACCAGUUAUCGGACUUUCAUUUUUGUGGAAGCCUCAGUGGCUGAGUGGGUUAGAUCGCUGACUUUGUGUGCUGGUGAUUAGGUGCCUCACUCUGGCAGUGUGAGUUCGAAUCCGGGACAGGACUGAACCCGAAAAGUACUAGACUCUGUACUUUACUAAGAAAGUGUAAAUGCCAAAUAUAACAUUUGUUACACGUGACCACUUUCUACAUGGCAUUGUGUGUUCAGAGCAAGACUGAUCUUGUUAUUUGUGAGGUAGUAUUUAAAAUGUUCACAUUUUGUGUUGAUAAGUAAUCUGUCUUAGAAACUUGUAUGUUUACAACCAGUUGAGGGGAUUAGUGUAACUGGAGACUGUAAGCCAUACCAAUCAACACCCUAUACGUUUCUAUGUAUCCGCAUGUGAUGGCCAAUUCGAUCCCUCGCUCAUUCGGCAGUAGCCGACUGUCGACCCCCGCUAAUUAAAGGGUAUGUGUACAUGUGAGAUAGUCGGACAUAAUGAAUUGUACCCAGAGUUUGAUGUUUAUCUUUUUGUAUUGACUGACUGAAUCUGACACCAAUUCUUGUCCAACAAAGCUAAUCAAAUCUUACUGAAUGCAACUGAAUCAAAAUCAUUGUGUAAAUCUUGUAGGUAUAUAAUGUGGUAGAAUGACAUUGUGUAGUUUGUUAUGUAUCACAGACACACAAGGUUUUGUGUAUGAUGUUUUGCACGUUAAACCACACCCCGUCCCUACCUCACUCACACAUGUGCCAGGAUGUCUUCACGUCAAGGGGCAACAGUGAUGCUGUCAGUAAGAAUGUAUUUUGAGAUUGUUGCAAAGUUUAUUAUUUUACCUUGAAAUAUGAAAACAGAGGAUGUAUUAUGGAGAUGAGCAAAGUCAUGUAUUUUAGAUUUAAAGGUUCGGUGUUGUUGUCUUGGAGCCAUCUUGCUGUGACAGGUGCCCUGCACCUAGUGCUUGAGCAAUCUCAUUAAAAUCCAAUCUUAGUUCUCGCUAUCGCUAAACAAAUAUCUGAAGACAUCCCCUUACGGGUCACGUCAGAACGAUCUUUCAUCUGACCAAUCAAAGCGUCGCUUA